GGGAGGAGUAAACAAAGCUGGGAGGGUUUGGGUGAGUUACGGCCACUGUCCAUCCUCGUCACUCUUGCCACGCCGCCAACACUACUCCUGUGUCUUAUUGUGAGCCACAUGAAACAGGCGGUGAUGUGAUUUACUCCGAUUGUCAUGUAAUGUCGUUAUGAAUGGUACUGGCGACAGAUCGAUCGUCUUCCAAUGAUGAACGGGCAACGGAUUGUCAUCACCUUUUCUCCAGCCUGAGAUAUGCUAAGCUGGUAUUCAGGUGACAAGAACAUGCUUGAACCCUUCAAGAUGGAGGAAGAUCCUGACGGCACCAGCCAACAGGUGGCCGUUAUCAUGACAGGAAAGGUGUAUCGAGAAGCUGGGCUAAAGUACAGCAAGCACCCAGAGGUGGAGGGAAUGCUUUAUGACAAGCUUUGCCAAAUAGGGAAGCACAAAUUAAGAGAUGAUGUCAGAAAAAUGGCACUCAGCAUUGCUUUGUCAGUUUCUGAUAAAGAAUUUCAGCCAACUGUUGACUGGCUUGACAAUUUUAUGCGACGCUUUUGUCUUUCCAAAAAAAUGAUGGGAUUCCACAGCUCAGCCAUGUUGAAGCAUAAGGGGCCAACCCAACCUGAAGUAAAGCCAGCAGCCACAUUGCAAAACAUGACACAAGAUGAUGUAUUCAGUGUUCUAGGCAUCCCUACAGAUUGUGAUCCAAAUCUUGAGAGUGGAAACUUGGAAGAGGCAGCUACCAGUGGUUACAGUAAUGUUACAGAACAAAAUUCAGAAACUGGCAACUUAGUGGCCGAUUGUAUUGAAAAUAAAAGUAAUUCAGAAACACCAGCAAAAGAGGUUGUGGAUGGAAUAUCAAAUGCUGUAACUGAUGCAGUAAAUGAUGUCAGUGCUGCUACUGCAAAUAUCCUGGACAACAACAAAGGUGAAGCAUGUAGUGAAAAAGAUGGGAAAUCUGAAAAGAUGACUGAUAAAGAAACAGGCACUUCUCUUGGUGAAAAUAGAUCAAGUGUACUCAAUAACAAAAAGGAAAGUAGUGAUGAAAUUGAAAACAUUAUAAUAUUAGAUGACAGUAAAGAAGAAAAUACCCAAGCUGAAUCCUCAUGUAGAAAGGAAGGCACUGAGUCCAAGAUUGGAAAAAUAUCCAUUAAAAAGUUUGAGGAUUUAUGUGAAGUUGGUGCAAAAGAGGAGGAUGAAGGUACGGGUGGUAAUAAAGGAAAUUCUAAAGAUAGAAAAGGAAAAGAGAAGUCCAACUUAUCUGAUGAAAGUGAAGAUAAUUCUGAAGAGACUGAUGAGACUGAUAGUGAAGUGAAAGCAAGAACCUCAGAAAGUGAUGAAGGAAGUGCAGAUGCAUCACAACAUGCAGCAGUAAAAAAUGGAGCAGAAGACAUUGAGUAUUCAAAAGCAGAAACAAAAUAUUACAAUAAGAAUAAAGAUGCUCUACAGAAAAAACUUCAAGGAUCUGUGAUGAAAUGCACAUCUUGUUAUGAGCAGGUCAACCACCAUAUCAGCACUUUGGUUUUCACACACCCAGUUCUUGGUCUUUUCAUAUGUAAGAGAUGCCGGAAAUUCUAUGGCAAAGGCAAAUUUCGCAAAGAUAAAGAAGGAUUUGAUGAAUAUUGCCGUCUGUGUGCUGAAGGUGGUGAUCUGUUAUGCUGUGAACAAGAUGGCUGUUUCAAUGGAUUCUGUAAGCGUUGUGUGAAGCGAAUUAUGGGCCGAGCCGAAUUGAAACGUGCGGAAACCACUGAGGGCUGGGCAUGCUAUGUUUGUGACCCCACACCACUAAUGGAACCACGAGCCCUCCAUCGUCUCAUUCUCAGCAACCUGAGGAACUCAGAGGAGGAGGAUGCAAAUCUCUCAAGGAAAGACUUAAAGUCAAAAACAUUAAAGAAUAAGUUUGAAAGCUUGAAGCAGAUGCGUCAGCUAAGGUCACAAAGGGAUGCCCUUUUGAGCGGAAGUAAAGUUGCUGAGCCUGUCAUGAAGACUUCUAAGACUAAUAAUAAUAAUACCUCUGAAGCAGAAGAGAAAAUGCCAAGAGAGAGUAGAAAGAAAAGUGAUAAAGUUACUGAGAAGGAUGAGGAAGUUCUGAAGAAUUGUGAUAAGACUGAUGUGACCCCUAAGGAAAGUGAAGAUAAUAACCCAUGUCCUGUGUUAAGGAAGGUUAUGGAUGAAAUGCUUGGAAUGUUGUCUAAAUGUGUGGAAAAUGUAAAAAUCUUAGACUCCAAGUGGAAGAAAUCCAAAUAUUCUUCAGAAGGAACCAAAAAGGCCAGACAUCAUGUAGCGAAGCAGCUGGAGGCAAUGCGACACAACUUUGAAAUACUAGAAGAAGACUUGCUGGAGUGGUCAGAGAAAACAAUGGUGAAUGAUAAUGGAAAUGCUGUAAAAGAGCAGAAUGUCAUAGGUUUGAAGAGAACAAAGAACUUGCAAGGUAAUAAGGAAGAUGUUGAAAUGAUAGAAAAGGAAAUUAACCAAAAGCACACUAUUGUAAAAGAAGAAAAUAAUAUUUCUGAUUAUUGUCAAUCUCAAGCCAAAAUGGUUUCUUCUGAGAAGGAUGAAGGAAUUACAGAAAAGAACAGCGAACAGAAAAACACUAUUGAUACAUCUGUACAACCAGAUUUUGAUUUAGGAGCUAAUACUGCUAAGCUUGCUGAUUCUGUAGAUCAUUUUGAAGCUUGCAGCCAAGACUCCAGCAAGACCGGUCUUCCAUCUGAUGAUGAACAUUCCCUACCAGACAUAAAAGAAAUGAUUAAGGAAAUAAUAAGUGACCCUGAUGAGCCUAUGGAUGCAGAAGAAAAGAUAACCAUGAUUAAGUCUUUGGACAUGGAGAGUGAAGUACCAGAACUGUUAGGUGAUGUUAGACAGAAAAGGAAAACAGUACAGAAAAAUUAUUGCAAACCAACUGAUGUCAGAAAUAAGGAGGAUAUGGUGGAUUUGCCUGUUGUUAAAAAAGAAUUUGUGGAGACUGGUAGUAAUAGCAACACAUCACUUCCUCAUAGUGAGGACAAGGAGACUACUAAUCCCAGAAUUGGUAAAAAUCGAAGACUUCGAAGUGCUUCUGCUGAGUCUAGAUCUGAUAGUGAUGCUGGAGGUAGUGAAAAAGUUCAGAAGUCAUCCCAACACAAAAAAAUGAAAUUAUGCAUAGAUAGUGAUGAAAAUUAUGAGGGGAAUGAAACCCUGAAUAGGAUAGGGCAAAGCAAUAAGAAAAAUAAGGAAAUUGUAGAUGGUAAUUGCAGUGAAGCAGAUAAAGAAGCUUCAAACAAAAAUGGUGGUGAUAGUGAAGAAUUAAUCGAGGGAGACAUUGAUAAGCCCCAUAGACAAUCAGGAAAUGGAACCACAAGGGCAGGAAAUGCAGGAGAUGACUCAAAAAUUGAGAAUGAUAUUGAAAUUGGUAAGAAAACCAAUCUUAAAUCUUAUCAACUAAAGGAUGGUGCUGAGAAGGAUGGAGAUAUAAUCAGACAAGGGAAAGGCACUGACAUAACCAAAGUAAUAGGUAAUGAUAAGAGGGCAGAAAUGGAAUCCAGCUGUGCAGAAAGUGAUAAUAACAAAACUAAUGAUGAGGAAAAACCUGCCAUUAGCAGUCAAGAGAGCAAUGAUAAGGAAAUUAUCAAAGAGAACAUGAGUGAGAACCAGAUGAAUGUGAAUGACAAGAAGAAACAAGAGAAUAGAGAUGAAAGUAAUCAGGAAAAAGAUGGUAGGGAUGCUGAUAUGUUAGAUAAGGGACCAAGUAAUGUAAAUGACAGUGAAACUGGAAAGGCACAAAGACAUGAAAGCUCUUCAUUGGAGAAAGUUGUAAGUAAAAAGAAAAAGAAAAGCACUGAUGAAUGUAAUGCUGCCAGUGCAGAUAAGAAAAAGAGAAAGAAGUCUAUUGAAACUAGUGUUGAUGAAGAAUCAACAUCAAAAAGUAAGAAAAAACCAACAACUAGAAGUAAAAGACAAACAAAAAAUAAGAAAAGACAACCUGAGGAUAGGGAAGAUGAUAUUCUUUUGGGGUUAUUGAGAGAAUCAGAAACAUCUGAAGAAGAAGACAGUGAUGAAAUCCAGAGACAGUCAGAAGAUGAAGCAGAGGAAAAGAAGGAAAAAACAAAGAAAAAAGAGAAACUUAAUUUUGAUUCAGAAAGUGAAGCAGAGAAAGAGAAAGAUAUGGUGAGUGUAGAUAGAAAGAUUAUUAAGAAAGAGAACAGGAAAGGCAGUGAUAUUGAACAUGGUGAUGAAGAAAUGAACAGUGAAAAUGGUAAAAGUUGGGAAGAUGUGGCAGUGAAGAAAGAAACUGACAGUACUAUAAAGAAGGAAGAGGAUCUGGAAUCAGAAAAGGAUAAAGAAUCUCUUCAGUGUGUGUCAAAUGGCAUUGAUCUUGAUACUGAAAAAGAUGGGAGUGUGAAAUCCCCAUCAAAGAGUAAAGACAAGAGUACUCCUAAGAAAAGAAAAGGGCACUCAAUGACUACAGAAAAUCAGAAAGCAAAAAAUGCAAUUUUAAAUAGUGACAGUGAGAACGAGUUUGAGGAUAAACCUAAGCCCAGAAGCAAGAAGAAACAUUACAGAAGACACAAGAACACCCGAAGUAGAGGACAAUCUCACAAGAAACUAAACCUUAAAAUGACAGAGGAAGAGAUGGAAGAACUUAAAGAGAAACAGCUUGGUAGCAAAUGUCAGGUGCUUGUGGAACAUCUUUCUUCUGAAAUAAGGAAGAAGCUGGAGGAUGUGGAGUUUAUAUAUACAUCUGAUUAUCCUGAAUUGAAUCGCCCCAUCCUCCCAAGGCAGAUGUUUGACAGUGAUGGCUGUGAUGCUGAUGAAGAGGACUCUGACAAGGAAUUCUCUAAACUUAUGAAAUUCAAGUGUGACAGUAUUAAACCAGGGCCUAAAAGCAAGUCUACAAAAAUGAAAUUAAGAUUCAUGGAUGAUGAAGGAAGUGAAGUUAAUGAUAAUGAAGGUGGAAUUUCUGAUGAUGAAGAAAAAAAUGAAGACUUAGAUAAGAAGAAAAAGAAAGCUACCAGACAGAAAAAAGAAGGUUUGUUAGACAUAGACAUUGAUGAAAUUGGUGAGGAAGACAAUGAAGAUGAUGAAGUAGAUGAGGGUGACAAGAAGAAAAAGGUGGAUGGCACCAUAUCAUUAAAUGAAAAAAUGAAGAAACACAUUCUAAUGAGUAGUGAUGAGGAAGCAGAAGAAGAAGAAGAAGAAGAUCCAAAAGAUGCCUCAGCAAGGGAAAAAGAGGAAGAAGAGGCAGAAAAAAAGAAACAUGAGAAGAGAAAAGAAGCAGCUAAAAAAAAGGCUAAAAAUGAAGACAGUGAUGAAGAGUGUUCUCCAAAGGUUUACAAGAAAGGUUACAUGAACCUAAAUUUAUCCACUGAUGAGGAAGAAGAGAAUGAGAAGCAGAAGAAAGGAGAGGCAGAUGUUGAUGAGGAAGAUGAGGAUCCUGAACUUGAAAGUGCCUAUGAGGAUGACAGUGACUUUGAGGAAUCACCCAGAAAAAGAAGAGCUUUCCAGAUAUCAUCCUCAGAUGACAGUGACAGUGGCAAGAAGAAGGUAAAGAAAAAGGUCACAACAGAAGAGGAAAGUGAAGAAGAGGAGGAGAAACCUAAAGGCAAAAGGAAACGCAUUAGAAAAAUGUCGUCAUCUUCUGAUGAGGAGGAUGAUGAUGAUGAUGAGGAAGUAAAGGAUUCACCAAACAAGCACAAGAAAAUAAGAAAAGUUAUCAGAGAUGAAGAUCUGAUGGAGACCACUAAGAAUGCUACACAGGAAGAGGAAGACCGCCGCAAACGUAUUGCUGAGCGACAAAAGCAUUACAAUGAAAUAUUUAUGGUGGAUGUUGAAAAAGACCAGGAAGGAUUUGAUAAGCUGGUACUGGAUUUUGAUCCUAAAACAAAAGCAGAGCUUGUAUCAGUUCAUGAAAAAUUAGUCAAGUCACUGAAACCUCAUCAGUUUAAAGGAAUAAAGUUCAUGUGGGAUGCAACAGUGGAAAGCAUAGAGCAGCUGAAGACCAAACCAGGUGGUGGCUGCAUCCUGGCUCACAGCAUGGGUCUGGGCAAAACUCUUCAGGUGAUCACAUUCUGUCACACUCUGCUUACCAACAAGAUUGUAUCUAAAGAGGUACAGAGAAUUUUGGUGUGCUGUCCUGUGAACACUAUCUUCAAUUGGGUGGCAGAAUUCAGCGUUUGGUUAAAAGGGAGAAUGCUCCCAUUUGAUGUGAUCGAGUUGGCCUCUGCCAAGGACCUCUGGGGCCGUGCAUACCGACUGGAUGACUGGUGGAGGGAAGGAGGUAUCUGCGUCUUGGGCUACAGCAUGUUCCGCAAUCUCUCCAAUAGCAAAAACAAACGCUAUAAAGGCAAGAUGAAAGAAAUCUUCCAGAAGACACUGCUUGAUCCAGGACCUGAUAUUGUGGUGUGUGAUGAAGGCCAUAUGUUAAAGAAUGAAAAGACAGCUCUAUCUGUUGCCAUCAACAAAAUAAGGACCAAACGUCGCAUUAUUCUCACUGGUACACCUCUGCAGAACAAUCUUAAGGAGUAUCACUGUAUGAUACAGUUCAUCAAACCAAAUUUGCUGGGAACCAAGAAGGAAUUUAUGAAUCGGUUUGCAAAUCCAAUUGAGCAAGGUCAGUGUGUGGAAGCCAUGCCAAGGGAUGUGAGAAGAAUGAAGAGGAGGGCUCACAUUCUGCAUAAUUUGCUGGAGGGAUGUGUACAGAGAAUGGAUUACACUGUUCUGAAGCCAUACUUGCCCCCAAAAUUUGAAUAUGUGAUAUCAGUACAGUUAUCUGAAAUUCAAUGUAAGCUGUACCAUUACUAUCUGGAGAACCUGGCCCGAGGAGGCCCAAAGAGGCAAGGGUCAGGACUCUUUGUGGACUUUGGGGCUUUAUCAAGGGUAUGGACUCACCCAAAGGUGCUAGAGCUGGCUAUGAGAAGAGUAGAGUAUGAUGAUGAUGAUGAAGAGCUAGAUGACUUCAUCUGUGAUGACUCCACAACAUCAGAGUCUUCAGAUGAUGAGAGACCCAGUAAGAAAAAAAAGUCAAAAAGGAAGAAUGAAGAAUCAGAAGAAGAGGAAGUUAUUGAAGAAGAGGAAAAGCCAGAGCCUGUUGCUGGAUUAACUGAAAGUGGCAAAGUGAGGAUUGAUUGGUGGAAAAAAAUUCUUGAAGAUCAUGUUGGAGAGGACUUUGAGGAGGAAGAAUAUCUGGACAAACUGGAGCAUGGUGGAAAGAUCAUCCUCUUGCUGGACAUCCUUAGAGAGUGCUGCUCUAUUGGGGAUAAAGUAUUGGUUUUCAGUCAGUCACUCUUAACACUGGACAUGAUAGAGUGCUUCCUACAGGCUAUUGACUGUGGGGAUAUAGAACAACCAAAAGCUGAAGAUUCAUUGCCCUUGCCCUACAAAAACUGGAAGAGGGAUCGAGAUUACUUGCGUCUUGACGGCUCCACUGCUGCUGAUGCAAGAAAAAGUUUGUGUAGAACCUUCAAUGAUACCUCCAAUGAACGGUGUCGCCUUUUCCUGAUUUCUACCAAGGCUGGAGGCUUGGGUAUCAACUUGGUGGGAGCGAACCGAGUCAUUAUUUUUGACUCAUCGUGGAAUCCCUCUCAUGACACUCAGUCCAUAUUCAGGGUGUACAGGUUUGGCCAGAAGAAGCCAUGCUAUAUUUACCGUUUCGUUGCACAGGGUACAAUGGAGGAGAAGAUAUACUCACGUCAAGUGGCCAAGAUGUCGACAGCUCUACGUGUGGUUGAUGAGCACCAGAUUAAAAGAUACUUUAGAAUGGAUGAAUUAGCACAGCUGUAUGAGUUUAAUCCAUCAGACACAGAUAUCAGAGAGACCCCUAUUGUUCCAAAGGAUCGGUUACUGGCAGAACUGUUACAAAGGCAGAAAAAUUGGAUUGUCAAGUAUCAUGAGCAUGAGUCUCUUCUAGAAAACCAGACUAGUGAAGAGCUAAGUGAAGAGGAGCGAAAGGCAGCAUGGGAAGACUAUGAAAAUGAAAAGAAGGGCUUUAUGGGGCAGAAUUACCGAAACAGUGUGAUGCCAGUCAUGGGAGCCCCAACCAUAUUGAACCAUCCUGGUCUUCCUUCACUCUCCCUCUCUUCAUUCAGUUUAGAGGGUGUUGUAAACACUAUCAAAGCUCAGAAUCCCAGCCUGAAUACAAUGGAACUUUGUGAGAGUGUGUUGCUGGCUACCAAGCAGAUUCAAAAGGUGCACCUGAAUCACUACCAGCGGGUCCAAGCCAUGGUUUAUAAUCUUAAGAAUCCUAUGAUUGCCCCAGAGCAGAGGAAACUCCUUCCAUUUGGCAAUCAUCCAGAAAUGCUUCCAAUGCUAGAACAGCAGUUGAGGUUACUUGAGGAAAAUAUUCAGCGAGGAAAACCAAGUAAUUACUCACAUUGACCAAGGAACUGCACAACGGAAUCAGUUAUCAACAGCCAAUCUGCUGUCAGCUGGUCUCCUCCGUGGACAACCAGUGAGCAGUGGCAUCAGUUCAGCAACUGUUAAUUAUGUAGAGCGGCCAUCUAGUUCAUCAGCUGGGAGACCAACUUUACCACUUUCAGAAAAUUCUCAAGAAAAGAGAACUGGAUCAAAUGAUGUUAUCCUGCUUGACUGAGGCACUAGUCUGGGUGGCUGGUCUAUGCCAAGGAGUUUUGUAGCCCAAAGGAACCUCUCUCUCUCACUUUAAUGUGAACACUGAUGUUUUUUUUCCAUGUAAAGUAUAUAGUAGUGGGACUUUUUGUGUAUCUAUGGUGCAAAAGAAAUAGUAAAAUUUUCCAUCAAAAGUUCUUUCAUAAAAUUUUGUUUUGAUCUGUGUUUUAAGUGCUGGAAUCACCAAGGUAAUUUAGAGGAAAAUAUUUAUUUUCAUAUGUCUUGAUAAUGGUUCUGUAUUCAGCAGUACUGUACCUUGAAAUCUUGUCAUGAAAAAUUGAUAAAGGAAUGUGUUUCUUCACAAGUAAAAAAAAAAAAGAAUAAAUAAAAAAUCUAUAAAAAAUAAAAGUAUUAAACUGAUGUAAUCCAUCAAAUGAUUUCAUAUUUUAUAUAUUUUAAUUUUGUCAGUUUAGGCAAAUUUUUAAGUAUCUUGCUAUUACUGAUGGAAAUCAGAAAAAAAAAAUUAUUUAUUUUCGUAUCAUAGAUUAUAGUAAGGAUCUUGUACUCAUGGUUAGGUUUCCAAUGUUGGUUUAUUUUUUUUCUUUUAUAUUUGCUUAUUUUUGUUAAAUCUGACUGAUUAGUUUGUCAGUUAGAGAGUUAAUAAAUUGUCUGACAAA